AUGUAUCAGAAACUAGCGGCAAUUUCGGCCUUGUUGGCCGCUGCUCGUGCUCAGCAAGUCUGCACGACCCAGGCAGAGACUCACCCUGCUCUAUCAUGGUCGAAAUGCACAUCUGGCGGAAGCUGCACGACUCAAGCCGGCAAGGUAGUCCUUGACGCUAACUGGCGAUGGACUCAUGCCUAUCCCAGCGGUAACAACUGUUAUAACGGCAAUACCUGGGAUGCUACCCUAUGCCCUGACGACGCGACCUGUGCGAAGAACUGCUGCUUGGAGGGAGCCGAUUAUUCAGGAACUUAUGGAGUUACCACCAGUGGCAACCAGCUUACCAUUGACUUCGUCACUCAAUCGGCAAACAAGAACGUCGGUGCUCGCCUUUACUUGAUGGCAUCCGACACUGCGUACGAGGAGUUUACUCUUUUGAACAACGAGUUCUCUUUCGAUGUUGAUGUGUCCGCGCUGCCAUGUGGCUUGAACGGAGCUUUGUACUUCGUGUCUAUGGAUGCGGACGGUGGUGCAUCCAAGUACCCAACAAACCUUGCUGGCGCGAAAUACGGCACAGGAUACUGUGACAGUCAAUGCCCUCGUGACCUGAAGUUCAUCAGCGGCCAGGCCAACGUUGAAGGCUGGCAGCCAUCUUCCAACAACGCCAAUACCGGUAUUGGAGGACACGGAAGCUGCUGCUCUGAAAUGGAUAUCUGGGAGGCGAACUCAAUUUCCCAGGCUCUUACUCCUCACCCUUGUGAGACUGUCGGCCAGGUUACGUGCUCUGGCGAUGACUGCGGCGGUACCUACUCCAACAACAGAUAUGGCGGCACUUGCGAUCCUGAUGGCUGUGACUGGAACCCAUACCGCUUGGGCAACCACACUUUCUAUGGCCCCGGAUCUGGCUUUACCGUUGACACCACCAAGAAGAUUACUGUUGUUACGCAGUUUAGCUCAACCGGUAUCAACCGAUACUAUGUUCAAAACGGCGUCAAGUUUGUCCAGCCCAAUGCUUCAGGCCUUAGUGGCUACACUGGCAACACGAUCAACAGCGCGUACUGCUCAGCUGAGCAGACAGCAUUCGGUGGAACGUCUUUCACAGACAAGGGCGGUCUCACUCAAAUGAACAAGGCCCUUUCUGGCGGCAUGGUCCUGGUCUUGAGUUUGUGGGAUGAUUACGCGGCCAACAUGCUCUGGCUGGACUCAACCUACCCAACCAACGAUACCGCUUCCACCCCCGGUGCCGCCCGAGGAACCUGCUCUACCAGCUCUGGUGUUCCCGCCACCGUUGAACAGCAGUCUCCCAACUCCAAGGUUGUCUUCUCCAACAUCAAGUUUGGCCCCAUUGGUAGCACCGGCAGCAACAGCACAACCGGCACUCCCACCGGAGGUGGCGGUGGCCCUACCAGCACUGGAAGCUCUACCGGCGCCACUCAGACUCACUACGGACAGUGCGGCGGUACCGGCUACAGCGGUCCCACUCAGUGUGCCAGCGGCACAACUUGCCAGGUCCUCAACCAAUACUACUCUCAGUGCUUGUAA